CUCCUACGCAUGAGUCAGCCUGGCCUGGCCUGGGCAGGCGCCCGGAGGAGCCGGAGAGCUGGCCAGAGGCUGGGGGCCCGGCCCAAGUGCAGUCCAGUCACUCAGACCAAGGCAGGCAGGCUGCUGGAAUGGGAGGGAGUGGGGCUGUUGCCUCAGGGCACCUGCGUGCCUGGCAGCCCCUCGAAGAUGGAUGUCACCCUGAUUGCUCCCUGCAACCCAAAAGGGUUGGUCUGGGGUUCUAGAAGCUGGCACGAGCCCUCCUGGCCCUGCCUGACCCCCUGCCACCGCGUGGAAGAUGCCUGAGCAGAGCAACGACUACCGAGUGGUGGUGUUCGGGGCGGGCGGCGUGGGCAAAAGCUCGCUGGUGCUGCGCUUCGUGAAGGGCACCUUCCGGGACACCUACAUCCCCACCAUCGAGGACACCUACCGGCAGGUGAUCAGCUGCGACAAGAGCGUGUGCACGCUGCAGAUCACUGACACCACGGGCAGCCACCAGUUCCCGGCCAUGCAGCGGCUGUCCAUCUCCAAGGGCCACGCCUUCAUCCUGGUCUACUCCAUCACCAGCAAGCAGUCGCUGGAGGAGCUGGGGCCCAUCUACAAGCUCAUCGUGCAGAUCAAGGGCAGCGUCGAGGACAUCCCUGUCAUGCUGGUGGGCAACAAGUGCGACGAGACGCAGCGGGAGGUGGACACCCGCGAGGCGCAGGCCGUGGCCCAGGAGUGGAAGUGCGCCUUCAUGGAGACAUCAGCCAAGAUGAACUACAACGUCAAGGAGCUUUUCCAGGAGCUGCUCACGCUGGAGACUCGCCGGAACAUGAGCCUGAACAUCGACGGCAAGCGCUCCAGCAAACAGAAGAGGACAGACCGCGUCAAGGGCAAAUGCGUCCUCAUGUGAGCCCAGAAUGCCCGCCACCAGCCGGCCCAUGCCUCCCCCACCGCCCCUGCUCCUCCUCCUUUUCCCCUUCCCCUCUGCUCCCGGCCUCUGGUCCUCCCAGCCCUCCUCCCCACCUUCUUCUCUCUCCCUCUCAUCUCUUCCACUUCUCUUCUUUUACCCAACACCUCUGUGGGGGAUACCGAGGCCCCGGUGAGCCCGCGGCAGGUCUGGGGCUCCAACCUGGCCCUGCCGCAUGGCUCUGCCUCCCACCCCCGCCCCCCCAGGCCUGUCUGCACCCCCAAAGCCAAGUGCUGGAGGUGGCCCCCUGGAUCCGCACGUGAGAAAAUGGGGAAGCUGGAUGUCCCCGCUGGGGCCGAGGAUGCCGGGUCUUCCCUGUCUCUGCCCGUCUCUGUCUCUUUCCCGUGGGUGCCCCGAGCCAGACCUGUGUCUCCCCCAUCAUAUCACUGUGACCUUGCUGGGGAGGGGGAGCGGAAAUGCACAUGGACCUAAGAGUUUGCUCUCCCCUUUUGGUGUUUGACACACGCUGCCCCUGCUCCAUUCCUCGUGACCUCUGGCCUGUGCCCUCACCCCAGGUCCCAGAACAGUCCUCACCCCUGUCCCCACAGCCUUGGUGAGGGGGAGGGGCUUGUGUGAUGGGUCUCAGGCCACCAGGCAAUAACCACAGAGCCUGCCACGGUGCUGGGCUAGCCAGGAACCCCACUCUUCUCCCUGCCUGGGGGACCCGGGGUGCACCCAGGGGAGGCCUGGGACUGGCCCAUGGCCACAGCACAACUCAAGGGGACCAUCCAGAGUGAAUAUGGGGGUCUCCCCAGAGAUUGGCACAGCCUGUCACCUGUGAGCCUCAGGCAGGGGCCCAUGGGGUGCUGGGGAGGGGGUCCCCAGGACCCCGUCCAGGGGCAGGCAGCUGGACCCAGCACCAGCAGGGUCAGAGGGAAUCCAGGCAGAGCUCUGUCCAGCCCACUGCCUCCCGCCAACUGUGCCCCAGAGAGGGGGGCUCUGCCCGGGAAGGUGUAUGUCUAUGAGAUUCCAAGUGCUCUCUGAGAGUGUCCGGAUAACCACGCACGUGGGACCCUGAUGCGUGGGACCCUGAUGUGUGGGACCAGCAUGAAGGGGAGCUGCAGGCCUGGGGUGCGGAGGCGCCCCCGGGCCGGUGUGUUUGUGCCACGUGGUGUGCACAGGGAGACGGCUUGUGUCUAAGAUGUGUCUAAGUGUGCACAUGUGUGUGUGUGUGUCUGUCAUUUGGAUGGUACGUCUAUGUCCUCUAUGUGAUAGUGGUGUAGGCUUUGUGUAGGGGUGGGCAGUGCGGUGAGGACAGGACUGGCUCUCUGUGUCGAUGGGAACCUUCGUACCAGCAUUCAGUGGGAUUGUAAGUGGUCGUACUUUGGGGAGUGGGUGACGUGAUUUCUAGGACCACAUCCGUGAGCCUGUCUGUUCCGUCUGAGGAACGCUCAGCCGGUUCGACUUGGUAGCGAGGUAGCGAGGUUGCUCUCAGCUCCAACUCUGUAUCGUCAGCUGGUGGCGCCUACCAAGACACCACAACACCCACCGCCAGAAACUGCACUUGUCGGUCAUCUCUGCUCCUGUGGGUUGGGAGUGCAGGCACGGCUUCCCUGAGACUUCCGCUUGGAUCUCCAAGGCUGCGGUCCCCAUGCGGGCUGGCCGCGCAGUCUCAUUGGAAGGCCUGACCGGGGACCAAUCUGCUCCCAAGUGCACGCGGCUGUCAGCGGCAUUCCGUUUUCUGCAGUUUCAGGCCUGAGGGGCUCUGCUGCUCACUAGAUGCGCCCGAGUGCCACCCGCGGCCCCUUGCCACCUGGGUCUCUCCCUGGGGUUGCUCACAGUGCUGGGCGUCCUGGGGCGUGAUGGGGCUGCGUGUGCUUGCUUGUGUGUUCUUAGGCGGGUGGGGACUGCCCUGCAUGUGUGCCCAUGCGGGAAAGACCAUGUCGCGGUACGGUGACCACACGGGGACUGUUUGUGGGUAAGAGAGACCGUUUCUGUCCAUCGUAGUAGCUGUGCGUUUGGUCCUGUCUGUGUUUGUGUGACUCCGCAAAUGUUUACUGGGCACACUGUGUAGAGGGAGGGAGUGUGUGUGUGCAAGUGUGUGUGUCACCGCCUGGCACGGGGACGGCCCCCUGGAAGAGCUGGUAGCAACCUGCCUGAGCACAGCUGAGCCCCCCACCCUGCGGCGGGUCCAGGGUCCACCAGCAACUGGUGUUGCUCCCUUCCCCACCCCGGGAGCGUUUCCUGGGCCUUGCUGGGCAGGGGUCUGCAGCCCUUUCUCAGGGACACACCCUGAUAGCACAAUCUCCCUGGGGCCCCGCCCACCUCCAGGCCUCUCCCCCGCCCCAGGCCAUGGUCCCCUGGGGAGAAGGGGCUCCUGCCGCAGGAGGGACCUGAGAGCCCGUCCUGCCUGGGCACCCCUGGUUCUGGGGACCCUGCCAGGCCAUGCUUGCUGUGACUCCACCCCUGCCCCUUCUCCCCCCGCAUGUGGGUGCCCCCUGCCCCCCAUUGUGGGUUCUGUGUAGCAUUUGCUCUAGAAAUAGUCUUCCUGCAAUAAAGAAGUGGAUCCUGCA